AUGCCUUCGCGAUAUUUAUUUCCAGCACGCGCUAACCAUGAUCUUACCCUUGAGAUUACCAUUGAUGGCCAUUAUGAGUCCAAAGUUUAUACGUUCGGUUCCACAGUCUCUGGCUUGGUCACAAUAACAGCCCAUCACCAACUGCCUUUCCAGUCUCUCCAGAUUGAUCUAAGAGGCAUUACCUCGACCUGCGGCCACGCAUUUCAGUACGGCACACCUUUCAAGACCCACGUUUUUAUGCAAUUGCAAAUGCCAAUUCCUACAUCAGCUCUACCUGUCAACCAGUCCUUUGAGCAAGGACAGUUAUACCACGUUCCUUUUCGAUUCGUGAUUCCCCAGCAACUCUCAUCCGCUGCAUGCAACCACCAGAAUAAAGCAGUCAGGGAGCGACACCUACGGCCACCGCCAAGCAUGGGUGCUUGGGAUCGUGAUGACCUUGCAGGUGGUUCUGCAAACGUCGAUUACAUGAUCAGAGCACGUCUUUUGUUGAGCAAGAACAAACGGGGAGAAGAACAGUAUCUAGAUCAGAGUCGUUCUUUCAAGGUGAUUCCAGCCCUUCCUAAGCAACCACCGCUUCAUGUCAGUCCUGAAAACCCAGAGUACUGCUUAUCCAAGAGUAAGACGAUCAGGAAAGGUGUCGUUGGCACAAAGAUGGGGCUUGUGCGCGUUUCGGCUACUCAGCCAGAACCUAUUCUACUCUGUUUAGACGGACUCAACUCUCCCAUGUCCCGUAUACCUAUCGAUCUAGAAUACAUUCCUAUGUCAAGCAGCGCACCACUACCGGAGAUAAGGGUCAAGUCGGCCACCAUCGAAACUUUUACAAACUUUUGGCUUGGUAUAGACGGCUACUUACCAGAUCACCAUCAAAAGCCAUCAAAUUCCGUUGCUCCAACAGCACCAUGGUUAACCUCGCAUGCCCUUGUCCUCACUGGGAAAGAAAUGGCAAGGUGGCAGAAAGACAGCCAACACGUCUCUGAGAAGGAAUCAGAGAAGAGGUUCUCAGAGCCUUUGGAUGUUAUCCAAGACUGUGCAGAACCUCACUUCACAGCACGCUCACCUUCAUGUGCCUCCCAUCGGGACUUUGGCUCAUCUAAGUCUAAUUCCUACAGAGCUUUCAUUCUACAAUCAUUUGGGCUCCCUACCGAGAAGUCUCUGUUCCUCCCUACCUUUUACUCCUGUCUGAUCAGUCGGACCUACCGGAUUAGAGUCAGUCUAGCUAUAGGCGCUUAUGGCAACACGAUUUCCCUCAUGGUACCGCUACAGGUGGCGGUUAAUGGACUUGACGAUACUCAAAAUCAUGGUCACUUGAGCUCUGUGAGUGUAAUAAUCUCUCUUUAA